CUGCUGUUCUCCAGUAAACCAACUUACCGCUUCACUCUUUUAGCGGGCAUUCUUUUUUGUACUUGAUAUUUUCCACGAUGAAGGGAACGUUCGCCGCCGCUGCCGUGGCUGCCCUGACCGGCGCCGCCAGCGCCUCUCACGCCCACCGCCACGCCCACGAGCUCUUCGCCGCAAAGAGAUUCCAGACUGGCGAGGUCUGUGUUCCGGGAUGCACCACUGUCUGGUCGACCAUUACUGGCGAGCAUGAAGUGAUUCCCGCCAAGGUCCCUGUGACCUCUGCGGCUCCCGUUGAGACCACGACCGCCGCUGCGCCGGUCACCACCACCGAGGCCCCGGCUCCUCCUCCUACUUCUGAGGUCGUCGUCGUCCCUGUGCCGACUCCUGCGCCGGUCACCUUCCCUACGCCCGGAACCUACACGAUCCCGGCCACGACCAUCACCCUGACCGACACCACCACCGUCUGCGGUGCCAGCUCUACCCAGGUUCCUCCCGGAACCCACACCGUCGGCGGUGUCACCACUGUCGUUGAGACGGCCACCACCGUUGUCUGCCCCGUGGCCAGCAUCUCAACCAGCGGCACCGUGGUUACCAGCGUCAUUGUCCAGACCACCUACGUCUGCCCUGCCGCCGGUACCUACACCAUUGCUCCCAUCACCACCGUGGUUCCCUCGUCCACGCUCCUGGUCUACCCCGUCCCGACCAGCUACGAGCCCGGCACCUACACUGCUCCCGAGCAGGUCGUCACCGUCACCGAGACCGACUACGUCACCUACUGCCCCUUUGCCAGCUCUGGCCUCCCCACGACGACUGCCGCUCCCGCCGCUGUGACCACCAGCCCGGCCUACAACCCUCCCUCUCCUCCUCCGGCUGAGACUACCCAGUCGGCUGCUCCCUCCGUCCAGGCUGUUUCCAGCGCUCCCGCCUACGCUCCUCCUCCUGUUGCUACCUCUGCUGCUCCCAAGCCCAAGCCCACCCAGGCUGCCCCCAAGCCCAAGCCCCAGCCUCACGCUCCUAGCGGUGGUCUGAGCGGCAGCAACGACCACUACGGUAUCACCUACACUCCCUAUGAGGCUUCCAGCGGCAACUGCAAGUCCGCCUCCGAGGUCGACUCCGACAUUGCCAAGCUCAAGGCUGCUGGUUUCCAGGUCCUCCGUGUCUACUCGACUGACUGCGACACCCUCGAGAAUGUUGGUACCGCCGCCAAGAAGUACGGCAUUGACAUGAUCCUUGGAGUCUUCGUCAAGGGUGACGGCUGCAGCUACGACACUCCCGACAUCAAGAGCCAGGUUGACGCCAUCUCUUCCUGGGCUCAGUGGGAUAUGGUCAAGCUCAUUGUGGUUGGUAACGAGGCUAUUAUGAACGGCUUCUGCUCUGCUUCUCAGCUCGCCAGCCUUGUCUCCACCGUCAAGGAGAAGUGCAGCGGCUACACUGGUGGUUACACCAUCUCCGAGACGCUCAACAUCUGGCAGCGCUCCGACGUCUCCUCCGCCAUCUGCGGCGUCGUCGACGUCACCGGUGCCAACAUCCACCCCUUCUUCAACUCUGCCACCACUCCCGAGAAGGCGGGUGACUUCGUCUCUGGACAGCUCGAGCUCCUUGGCAAGAUUUGCCCUGGCAACGACGUCAUCAACCUGGAGUGCGGCUGGCCCAAGCAGGGUACAUGCAACGGCGCCGCCUGCCCCGGCAACCCCGAGCAGGCUACCGCCAUCAAGUCCAUCCGUGAGAGCUGCGGUAGCAAGACCGUCUUCUUCUCUUACGAUGACGACCUGUGGAAGCAGCCUGGCAGCUUCGGCUGCGAGCAGAGCUGGGGUGCCGCCGCGGCUUUCGCCAUCUCUGCUUAAGUGGUGUUUGGGGAUUAAGCAAUGCAACGCGUGAUGGGUUUUACUGCAGCUGAACGUCAUUUACUAAAUGUAUCCGAAUGUCAAGCUCGCUCGGUUCUGUCCGUCAGCCCCCCUUGUGUAUUUUCGCCACCAGUACGGGACCACGAAGAUAUCCUGAUGCCGAUUUGGAAGUUCAGGCGGUCAUGACAGCGUCGGGGGCCGCUCCUCGACAAGAGAUGGGACUUGGUUGGCUGCAAAUUUCCCUAUGUCUUUGCGUGGUGUUGUGUGAUAGCGGGUCUCAUGGCUUGUGUUUUGGCAACUACACGGUGUUUCUGUAUAUGAAGUCGCCAUGGGUCCGGGUGUACAUUUAGCAUCUGAUUCUAAUGCUGUAAUUAAUUAAUAUUCGAUGAG